CCCCCUUUGAUCUCGAAUUCCCGAACAACACCUGUAGUCGCUAGCAGCUAUCAGAGCCAGUGAGUCCAUAGCAGCCGUGAAUAACGGCUAGCAGUCAGUGAACGAGGCAGUGGAGCAUCCGAGAGUCAGUGAACAACUACGAGCAGUCAGUGAAUAACGACUAGCAGUCGGUGAAUAACGGCUAGCAGUCAGUGAACGAGGCAGUGGAGCAGCCGAGAGUCGGUGAUUGACUACGAGCUGUCAGUGAAUAACGACUAGCAGUCAGUGCAUAACGGCUAGCAGUCAGUGAUUAACGGCUAACAGUCAGUGAACGGGGCAGCGGAGCAGCCGAGAGGGCUAGCAUGGAGGAGCCGAGUUUAGACGAGCUGGAGUGGAUGGCCAUGGAGGCCGAUCAGGGCGGCCAGGAGGACGACUGGCCGUUCGAGGAGCCGCCGGACGACGACGACGGGGGGGGACACGCGGCCGGCGCACGCGGCGCAGCAGCAGUCCCCCCACCACACGCAUUUCCCCCCCAAACCGUCUCUGGCGCGCAUGGAUUGGCGGGAGGGGAAAGGAGCGGGGAGCAGGGGUGGGACUCGGGGGAGAGAAUAGUGGAGAGGGGCAAGGAGGGUGCAUGGACCGGGACUGGGGUUGGGGUUGGGGUUAGGGAUAGGGAUGCAACUAAGGCGUCAGAGGCAGUAGGGGUGGCAGUAGGAGGAGGUGCAGUGGGGGGAGAGGCAGGAAGGCGAGAGAAGCGGGGUGGAGGAGGAAGAGGGGAAGGGGAGGGAGGAGGGGCAGGAGGAAGUGGAGAUGGAGGAAAAGGAGGUGCUGGUGCCAUGAAUGGGAAUGCGGGCGUUCCUUGGAGAGCAACGUCAGCAGCAGCAGCAGCAACAAAAUCAGCAGCAGCAAAACCAGCAGCAGCAUCCUCAGCAGCAGCAGCGGCGGCAGCAGCGGCGGCAGCAGCGGCGGCGGCGGCAGCAGCAGCGGAUGAUGCGAAGGCAGCACGGCGUGUGGCAGCAGAGGUGGAGGGCGAGGUGAUGCCCGUGACAGGCAGCGAUGGGCAGCGCGUGUACUGCCGGGUGAGAGACAUUAGAAGAGAUAGAGCAGACACAGCAGGCAGAGACAGGAGACGGACGGAGCAGCAGGAGAGGGAAGAGCGAGAGCGGGAGAGCAGGAUGGGCGGGGCGUGGGCGAGCAGGAGCGGGAGCGGGGCAGCAGCAGCAGGUGGAGGGCGGGUGCUGUCAAUGAGUAUAGAGGAACUUAUGGAGAGAGCCGAGCAGGAGCAGGUGCAACGCGCCUUCCGCCUCUCCCACCUCAUGGCAUCCUCAUCCUCCCCCUCCUCUGUCCUCUCCUCUGCCGCCCCCUCGCUCUCCGAGGCAACACCAUCACCAGCACAACCAUUGUUCGCACAAGCAGCAGCACCUUCUGUCUCUGCUUCUGCUUCUCCUUCUGCUUCUGCGUCUCUCUGGGUGGACAAGUACUCGCCUCGCUCCUUCACGGACCUACUCAGUCCCGAGCCCAUAAACCGUGCCGUGCUCUCCUGGCUCAAGCAGUGGGACCGCUGUGUCUUUGGCGCUGCCGCGGCCUCUUCCCGCGCCCGCACCCACCCGGAUACCCUUGCUGCCCUGCGCCGCCUCCCCCCGCCCUCGGGAGCAGCGGCCGGGGGGGAGGGCAGGGGUGCUGGUGUGGCUAAUGGUAUGGGUGGAGGAGGCAUGGGAGGGGAGAGCCAGCUGGGGAAGAGAGCGCGAGGCGAGACAGCAGGAGAUAGACCAGAAGUCAGGAUCUUGCUGCUGUGCGGCGCUCCAGGGCUGGGAAAGACCACGUUGGCGCACGUGGCGGCGCGGCACUGUGGGUACCGUGUGGUGGAGGUGAACGCGAGUGACGACCGCGUGGCCUCGUCCCUGCGGCAGCGCAUCGUGGACGCCAUCCAGAUGCGCUCCGUGCUCGCAUCCUCCUCUGCCUCCAACUCCGGCCCUAGCGGCUCUGGCAGUGGCCCGGCCGCUGACUCCCGGCCUAAUUGUCUGGUGAUUGAUGAGAUCGACGGGGCGUUUGCAGGAUCUGAAGGGAGGGGCGCUGUGGAUGCACUUGUGGAGCUGGUCCAAGCGGACAUCAAAGCCGCAGCCUCCGCAGCGGCGGCAGCAGCGUCAGCAGUCCCUUCCAUUGGCAGCAGGGGCAGCGACGACGAGGACGAGGAGGGGGGAUCGGAUGGGGAAGAUGGGGGGGGCGGGGGCGGACAGGGUAGGGCGCGGGGAGGCAAGUUCAGGAGGGUGAGCAAGGAGGGCGUGCCAAGAGCCAGCGGGCCCAAGAAGAUCCGGAGAAGACGGGCAGGGGGGAAGGGGUCUGCAGUGGUGCAGCUGAGGCGACUCAACAGACCGAUCAUCUGCAUCGCCAACGACCUCUAUGCACCUGCUCUCAGACCCCUGCGAUCCGUGGCAGAGGUGCAUGUGUUUCAGCCACCAACCACCAACCGAGUUGUCUCAAGGCUGCGGCACAUCUGUGAGGCGGAGGGGUUUGAGGCCGAUGUGAGGGGGCUCACAGCCCUGGCUGCCCAGACAGACGGGGACAUCAGGGCGUGUCUCAACACCCUGCAGUUCCUGCACCGAGCCAACAGGACUCUGCGAGCGUCGGAGGUGGCGGCGCAGAUAGUGGGGCGGAAGGAUGCAACCAAGGGGCUCAUGGACGUGUGGAACGAGGUUUUCUUCCCUACUGCACUCCGCUCUCUUCCCAAGCCUCUCCCCUCUCCGUCACCAUCCGCACCCCCAUCAGCAGCAGCAGCAGCAGCAUUAGCAUCCGCAUCACCAUCCCAGCCUGCCACCCACUAUUCUCGCUUUGACGCACUCGUCUCUCAACUCGGCGGCACGUCAGACACGCUAUUGGACGGCAUUCACGACAACCUACUACAUGCUGCGCUCUCCGAUGUCUCUCUGCGCAAGACUUCCUCGUCGCUGCACUGGCUGGUGUGUGCGGACCUGUGGCACCACAGGGCCAUGGGCGCUCAGCAGUUCGCUCUGCUGGCGUUUGAGACGUGUGCCAUGUAUGCCGUCCGUGCCACAAUGGGUGCCGCCGACAGGCACCCCCUUGAAUGGCCCAAGGCCCACGCCAGGUAUCGGUCGGAGCAUGCGGUGCGGCGGGAGACAGUGGAGGCGUGGCGGGGAGCCAUGCUGCCAGCUGUGGCGCGCACGGCCCCCUCGCACUCCCUCGUGCCCGACCUCGUUUCGCCGCUGCUCGCUGUCAUCUCCACCCCACCCAUCCGCCCUGUGGCGGGCCAGCUGAUGACUCCUUGGGAGAAGCUCGCUCUCUCUCUUCUCGUAUCCACCAUGCUGGACUACGGCCUCUCCUACCGCCGUGCGCACCAGCUCACCUGGCACCGCCACAGGCCCCCUCCUGGGGCUGCUGGGGCUGCUGGUGGUGGUGGAGGGGAGGGAGGGUUUGGCGCUGUUGAUGCGUACAUGGGAGGGCCUGUGCUGGAUCCUCCGCUCAUGGAUCUGGUUGUGUUCACGGGAUCUCGAACUCCGCCCUACGUCAUGGCAAUAUCUGCCGCAGUGCGCCAGCUCAUAGGCCGAGAGAUUGAGCUGGAGCGCAUCCGGCGAGACUCUGUGCGAGUGAAACUGUCAUCCACCCCCAAUGCCGCUGCAGCCCCUAAACCCCCUCCAACUCUUCCUCCUCCUCCACCUACUCCUACUCCUAUUCCUCCUGCUUUUUCGUCUCAUCAGCAGCCACAAGCAGCUGCUCCCGUGCCAGCUGCCAAUGUUAUCCCACAGAGCAGCGAGGGAAAGGGUACCCAGGCUGGUGAUGAUAAGCCAGAGGCGAAUGGGAAAACUAUAGCAGCUGAGGCUGUGAAGUCGCAAAAUGCUCCAGGCACUGCUAAGAUAGGGAGUGACGCCAAGCAGCCCAAAGUAAAAGAGCAGAUGCGGCGACCCUUUAGGGGGUUCACCAGAAAAGUGGAACAAGAUGGUGGGUGUGGGUCUAAGGCUGCACGUCAACAGGGUGAAGAUGGGGGACCUGCCGCAACUGGUGCCGGCGAGAAGACAGUCAGCGGCAACAAUACUGUUCGCAUAUCAUUCAAGUAUCACGAGGGAUUUACCAACGCUGUCCGACGACCAGUCCUCUUUUCUGAACUCUUGUAGUUUCAAGGUCGCAAUGUCGCCAUUUUCAGUGGUACCAGAUGGUACAGUAUUAAAUGUAACUAAAAGCAAAUCAGCAUC